UCCAGAGGCCGGCCGGGGUGGGGAGGUGGUCCUGGGCCCUGGUUUGGCGCCCCUCCUAUAACCGGAGGACUCCUGCAGCCAGAGGACUAGAGAGGGAGGCGAGGCAGAUGAAAGCAGAGCACUUCCAGGUGGGGUGAGCGCGGGGCGCCGCUGUGAUUUAGGGUGGCUCUGCCCAGCGGCUGCUGUGAUUUGAGAACCUGGGGUUUCUUGGGUGACAGAUUCCGGGAGCUGUGGAUGAAUAAUGCUGGUGAGCGUCUGGUCUUCAGGGAAGCCCCGGCUGGGAAGAUGGGGCCGGUGGUGGAACCCCAGGAGACAGCAUCUCUUUGCAGGGCACGGCCCUGCUCGGAGGCUUCGGGCCUUGGGGAGCCUGGCGGGGACGGCCCUGCUUGCAGCCCUCUGGCUCCUGUGGCUACUCUGGUCCACCCCUGGGGAAGCCCCGGCACCGCAGCCCACGCUCACCAUCCUCAUCUGGCACUGGCCCUUCACCAACCGGCCCCCAGAGCUGCCCAGCAACACCUGUACCAGCUACGGCGUGGCCCACUGCCGCCUGAGCACCAACCGCAGCCUGCUGGCCACCGCUGACGCCGUGGUCUUCCACCACCGCGAGCUGCAGACCCGGCGGGUCCACCUGCCCCUGGCCGAGCGUCCACGUGGACAGCCCUGGGUGUGGGCCUCCAUGGAGUCUCCCAGCCAUACCCACGGCCUCAGUCGCCUCCGCGGCGUCUUCAACUGGGUGCUGAGUUACCGGCGGGACUCGGACAUCUUUGUGCCCUAUGGCCGCCUGGAGCCCCGAGAGGGCCCUGCCCCACCGCUGCCAGCCAAGGACAGGGUGGCUGCCUGGGUGGUAAGCAACUUCCAUGAGCGGCAGCGGCGUGUGCAGCUGUACCGCCAGCUGGCACCUCAUCUGCGGGUGGACGUGUUUGGCCGCGCCACCAGGCGGCCGCUGUGCACCAACUGCCUGCUGCCCACUGUGGCCCGGUACCUCUUCUACCUGUCCUUCGAGAACUCCCAGCACCGAGACUACAUCACCGAGAAGUUCUGGCGCAAUGCGCUGGCGGCCGGUGCCUUGCCAGUGGUGCUGGGGCCCCCGAGGGCCUCCUACGAGGCCUUUGUGCCACCUGAUGCCUUCGUGCACGUGGACGAUUUCGGCUCGGCCCGCGAGCUGGCUGCCUUCCUCGCCGGCAUGAAUGAGAGCUGCUAUCGGCGCUUCUUUGCCUGGCGAGACCGGCUCCGUGUGCGGCUGUUCAGCGACUGGCGGGAGCGCUUCUGUGCCAUCUGUGGCCGCUACCCCCAUCUGCCCCGUGACCAGGUCUACCAGGACCUCAAGGGCUGGUUCCAGGCCUGA